UCUAUUUUUAACACCGAAUGGAGCAAACAAAUUCAACUUUUCACAGUUGUCUACUUAGUACAUCUGUACUUUGUUUCAUUUUCUUUUUCAUGAACUUUCUUGAACUGAUUACCACUGCCAAGGGCAAUCCCAGUUUAGUUCUCACCAACGAGACAGACCAUCAGGCACUGCUUGCAAUCAAGGAUUUGAUAACAGGAGAUCCUCUGGGUGCCUUAAGCUCAUGGAAUCAUUCAAUUCACUUUUGCAAUUGGCAAGGAGUCUCAUGCGGUCAUCGACAUCAACGUGUGACAGUCCUAAACCUGUCAUCUCUCGCAUUGGUGGGUUCUGUAUCUCCUCAAAUUGGGAACCUCACCUUCCUCAGGAUGAUUGAUCUAGGUAACAACACCUUUCAUGGUGAAAUCCCACAAGAACUUGGCAAGUUGUUUCGUCUGCAAUACCUUGUGCUUUUGAAUAACUCUUUCCAAGGUGAAUUUCCUACCAAUUUGACUCAUUGUUCACACCUGAGAGUUAUCGGUGUGUUUAAUAAUAAUCUGAGAGGUAAAAUUCCUACCGAGCUGGGUUUUUUGUCCAAUCUCUCAAACUUGAAUCUUGCAGCCAAUCAUCUUACUGGAACUAUCCUACUUUCAAUUGGGAACCUUUCCAAUCUACAUAGGCUUUCUCUAGUGUACAAUAAUCUAGAGAGAAGCAUUCCCACCCAACUUGGGCAGCUUUACAAGUUGGAGGUUCUUCAGCUGUCGAUAAACAAUUUGUCCGGUAUGUUUCCUACUUCGCUUUACAACAUCUCAUCAAUCUAUUACUUCGCUAUCGCGUUGAACCAAUUGCAUGGAAUUCUAUCACCAGAUUUGGGCUUGACCCUUCCAAAUUUACAAGGAUUUUAUGUCGCACAAAAUCAAUUCUAUGGCCAAAUUCCAUCAUCAAUAGCCAAUGCUACGAGACUCGUGGAAAUUAGUUUAGGCGGCAAUUCCUUUACUGGGUCCUUACCUAUGAAUCUAGGAACCCUUUAUGCGUUGGAAUUUUUUGCUGCUUAUAACAAUUCACUUGGAACAAACCAUGGCAAUGAAUUAAUGAGCUUCCUCACUUCUUUAUUCAAUUGUUCCAAUCUACAACAUUUGAAUUUGGCUAUGAAUCAUUUUAAAGGCUUUUUGCCCCAUUCUAUUGCAAAUCUCUCCACCAAGAUCACUUGGCUCGAUCUACAAGACAACUAUAUAUCUGGAAGCAUACCUCGUGGUAUUGGGAACCUUGUAAAUUUGCAAACUCUCUCUCUAAGGUAA